AUGGUGGUUACGGGUGCAGUAGUCACCACAGUAGAAGGCGUCACAGUGGUCAAGAUAGGAGAUGAAGUAGAAACACCAGUGGGAGACGUUGUGGAAGCCACGGCAGCGAAGGUGGAAGCAGUUGAAGAGGCCAUCAGAACAAGAGAGACUAGGAAGAACAGGGUCACUGAAAAUCAAGAACCAAAUAUUGGUGCCAGUUUGUACUCAUGGCCAACCCCUAAAGAAUUUGAGUCUCGCUUUUUGUGGCCUGGGGACAGUCCAAACCUCCAAGGGGGAGGAGGAGCAGAGCAGCCUACUAUUGACAUUGAAGCUGCUAGAGCUGAGGACAAUGACAAUGAGGAUGGAGAGGAUGAUGAUGAUUUGAGUGCUGAGGUGGAUACAAAGUUGCAAAUAGUGGAAUUAGAGGAAGAAUCUGAAGAGGAAUCAGAGGACGAGGAGGAUGAAGAAAGCAACCUUAAAGAGUUCUUUUAA